AUGUCGGAAGAACAGCCUCCCUUGAUUACAACUUCAGGCUCGGGUGUCCCUGCCGACGAUUCGGCGACGACACGCCUGCACGCCGUGCGCAUUUGGUUUCCUCGAAAUAGAGUUCAAAUCACGAAAGACAUCAAACAAAAGGGCCUCGAGGAUGUGGUUCUCGACGCUAUUGAUCUUCAAGAGCUUGGCGUUCAGCAUCAAGGCCAGGAUGACCAUGGCAUCCCGAAGGAAGCAUCCCUAGUGGAUCUUGCAGUGCUUGAGACUGGUAUUUCACGGGUCUUGGGGGAGUAUGGGACUACAAAAUUCGUUCCUCUGAGCAGCGAUGAUCCGAUUAUUUUGCAACAACCGGCAUUGGAUCUCGACUCAAAGAAAGCUCUUUGUUAUCAGCACCUGCAUUUUAAAUACCAGCAGGAAUAUACAAAAAGGUGCAAUCUUGCAAAAGUUCUUGGAUAUGAGGUCCACAACAUCCUAAGGGACUGGUAUGAGGAACGUCUCGAAGAUAUUUGUAACCGCUUCAGAAAGCUCGGUUACUGUUGA